UCUGGUUAGUCUGUGGUUGUGGUAUAACAUAAAACCUAACCAUUAAUACAAAAUUUGUUGAACUUCAAUUUAUAUAGGUUUCAAAAAUUUCCAAGUUCUUCACAGUCCUUACUGGUAAUUUUCUUAUUGGACAAUAAAUUCAGUAUGUUUGGAAAAUAUGUCAGUCGAAAAUUAAUUGGCAACAAAUUAUUUUAUUUUGGACUUGCCAAAAGCCUUAGCCCAUUCAACGAAAUUUAUCUUCGAUAUCCUCUUUCAGUAAACGAUAUUUUACAGUUAAAUAUUUCAACAUCUGUAAGCAAUAGAACGACCAAACAGAAAAAUAGAUCCUUUGAAUUUUCGGAUGAACAAAAAGUUAAAAUAUUACAAGUAUUGAAUAAUGAAUCGCAAGAUUAUUUUACAAGACUUAACAUUCCACCUGCGCAAAUAAAAAAGUUAGCUGUGUGGAAGACUAAAAGAGGUCCAUUUAAUUCUGUUGUUGAUGUCUUAGAUAUUGAAGGUAUAGAUAUCAAAAAUCUGAUAAAAAUAUGUCGAAGUAUUAUAAGGGACAAACCAGUUUCAAUUAAUCGUAAUUUGACUGAUGUAAAGAAUCGAACACUCACUUCACCAGUUCUAACUGAUGAUAUAAUUCAAUCUUCAACAACAACAGUAGGUUUGCAUUUAGGACCAGCUGGAAUAAGUUGGGCACAUCUCACAUGUCAAACUAAAAAUCUCAAUCAUUGGGGCACCAAGAACUUUUCAGACUUUCCGAUAAAAGUAAAUUCUUGGGAGAACUUAAAAUUGGCAUUACAAAUCCUGAAAGAUAUUCCAACUGCAGAUUUAUAUAUAUUCGAAUCUCCUCCUGGAACUGGUUUACAGUCUCAAAUUGCUAAGACCAAUUAUCUUCAACAAAUUGAACUCCUUUCAAUGCUGUUUACCCUCUUAAACACAAGUAAAAAGCAUAAUAAAAAAGUGGGUGAUAAUUUAAAUGAUGUUGAGAACAUCGUUUAUUAUGUACGCAAUAAAAUAACUGCAAGUACAAGUCAACAUGGCUGUCUGAAAGGGAGAUCUGUCCAGACAGCUAUAUAUCAGUUUUUAAAGAGAAUUGUAGAUGCAUUUGAGGAUGGGGAUUUGGCAUGUGGCUUGUUCCUUGACCUCUCCAAGGCCUAUGACUGUCUGGAUCCUGAAAUUUUAUUUGAAAACCCAGAGCGCUAUGGAAUACGAGCAAUUGCACUUGAUUGGGUUAGGUCAUACUUUGGAGAUAGAACCCAGUUGGUGAAAAUAAACAUUGAUGGAAUUAUUAUAAGAUCUGAUCAACUACAGUUGAAAUUGGGAAUACCGUAAGGAAGUAUAGCUGGGCCUCUAUUCUACCUUGUGUACAUAAAGGAUUUCGGUACAAAAGUAGCAUGGGAAAUAAGUAGAGUGGUUGAGGUUCAUUUUGAGAUGAUACUAACCUUCUGGCAGUGCAGUCUCUAUGGCCUGAUCUAAAAAAGUUAAUCAAUACAAUAAUGAUGCAUACUGAGGAAUGGCUGAAAGAUAACAACUUGAUUCUGAAUAAGACCAAAACAAAAAUAACCCUAUUUAGUCCUACGAACUCUGUUAUAGAAAGCCCAGAAAAAAUAAUGAUUGGUAGUAGAGAGUCAAAAUUAACACCAUUUUCUAAAUUCUUAGGAGUCCACAUUGAUGAAGAAUUGAACUGGAAAUAUGACAUAGCAAACCUGGAGGGAAAGCUAGGAUCAUCAGUAUAUGCCUUCAGAAUAACAUCAAGAUAUCUGAGUAGAAGUGCAUUGAAAACAGUAUACCAUGCAACUAUAGAAUCGAGAAUUCGGUUUGGCUUGUGUUUCUAUGGUUCUACAAAAAAAAGCAGUGAGGAUAUUAUAUAAUAUGAAGUUCCAUGAAACAUGCAGAGGAAUCUUCCGAAGAAAUAAAAUCCUAACGAUAUACACCAUCUAUAUUCAAGAAUGUCUUUUAUUUUUUCAUAAAAACAUAGAACUAUUCAGCCAAUACAAGUACAGUAAUUCAAGAAACGAGACAAGAACACAAGAAUAUAAAUAUCCAAAAUGUAGAUUGACAACCUCACAGAAACAAUUGGAAUAUAGAUGCAUAAAACUACAAUAAUUUACCACCCAAUAUACAACAAUAGAAAAUCACAAACUAUUCAAAAAGGAACUUCACAGAAUCUUGGUUGAUAUGGAACCAUAUUCGCUAAAAGAUUAUGGUGUAGAUAACUAAGAACAUGUAUUUUUUGACACUGUUUCAUUUAUCUUUAUGUUUUUAAUGUAGAGUGCUUUGAAAUAAAGAUUAUUAUUAUUAUUAGUAUGAAUUUAGCGCGCAGUUGUAUACAUGGUGUGGCGUAAUUAAUGGAUAAUUCUGU